AUGAACAACAAUAAUGUGUUGAUGGUAAAAAAUAAUCGGAAACAUUUUUUAUUGAUACAACCAGCGAUAUUCACAAUCGCGUUUGUCAACGGAAUAACAGUUAAUGUUUUGACUGACAUGAUUAUUUUCCAAACAUGUAAACAAAUAUUGACAUCAAAUAAAAAUAAUUGUGAUAUUAUUCAUACGAACGGUGAAAGUGAAGAUACAAGGGAGCUGAUUAAAAUGGUCCAAGUACAUGCAAGUUCAAUAAUAAUUAGUAAAUCAUUGAUUGAAAGCAUUUUACCUUCAUUUUUUAUCCUAUUUUUGGGUCCGUGGAGUGACAAAUUUGGUAGAAAACCUUUGUUAGUCGGCGGAAGUUUCGCUCCGAUGUGUAAUCAUGUAAUACUUUCGAUAUUGAGUGUCUGGAAUGAAAAUCCGUGGGUAUCGUUAAUAGCUUAUAUACCCUCAGCUUUGUUGGGUUCUGGACAGACUCUCGCAGCUUACUGCUACGCAUCAGAUAUUUCAGAAUCUGACAAACGACCAUUGUACAUGGCAUCAAUGGGAGGUUGUUUAUCAGCGGGUCUAGUUGUAGGAACAUUAACAGGACCCUUAAUAUUUCAAAAACUUAAUUACACAUUUUUAUAUAAAUGGGAGAGUCCAUUUAGCUGGUCUUUGCUCAAAGAAUUAAUAGUGGCAUGUACAAAAAAAGGUGAUGGCUCAAGUAGAAAAUUAUUAUGGAGUUUUUUGUCAAUUUUUUCAUUUUACACGAUUAUUAAUAACGGAACGAUAACUAUAAAUUACUUGUUUGCUAAUGCCAGGUUUGGCUGGAGUAAAAUCGAGUUUUCAACUUACUACGGCUCGGCGACAAUUGUAACAAUUGUCGGGACAAUAAUAGGACUCGAAAUAAUGAAAAAUCGCACAGAUGUUAAUGAUUUUGCAAAAAUAUUAGUAGGAAGCUUGUCAGGUUUCGCCGCAGCUGUGACGUUCUCCUUCACCUGGAAACCUUGGCAUAUUUACUUGGGUUCCGUUUUAGGAAUUUUAACUGGCGUUAUUGUACCUAUCAGCAGAUCAGCUAUUUCUAAAUCUGUCCUUUCAGAUGACCUAGGUAAAGUCUUCUCUGUGGUGUCGUUUAUAGAAACAAUACUACCAUUAGGAAGCGCUCCAUUGUAUACUUUGGUUUACUCUUCAUACAUAGCAGAUUAUCCUACCCCAGUAUUCCUCUUAUCGACAAUCAUGUACUUUUUUAUGGUAGUUAUUGCUGGAGUUAUGAAUUCAAGAUUUAUUCGGUAUCAUAAUAGUGAACAGUGA